AGCCGCGGCAGCAGCAUUGGCGGCAGCGGGACUUGCAUCGCUCCCUAGCUUCCCAAGCUGCUGACGUCAGCUGGCAGCCUGGGCUGUACUCGCAGCACUGGACAUAGAGCCGAGAAAAUGCUACUCUCCGUUCCGCCAAGGGCAGACUUCAAUCCAUACAUCGGCUAUAACAGCAGAAACAGCAAAAAGCAAUCAUAUGUGUCCUCCAGCCACCAGAUGGCACCCCCCAGUCCCAACACCAACAGCAGCAGCAACAGCAGUGUCGGGGGAGUGGAUCAGCUGAGUAAAACUAACCUGUACAUCCGCGGUCUUCACCCCGGGACUACAGACCAGGACCUGGUUAAGCUAUGCCAGCCAUAUGGGAAGAUUGUUUCCACCAAGGCCAUCCUGGACAAAACCACCAACAAGUGCAAAGGCUAUGGCUUUGUGGACUUUGACAGUCCGACAGCGGCCCAGAAAGCAGUGACCUCCCUGAAGUCCAGUGGUGCCCAGGCUCAGAUGGCCAAGCAACAGGAGCAGGACCCCACCAACCUGUACAUCUCCAACCUGCCUGUGUCCAUGGACGAGCAGGAGCUGGAGAGCAUGCUCAAGUCCUUCGGCCAGGUCAUCUCCACACGCAUCCUCCGCGAUGCCAACGGGAUCAGCCGUGGCGUUGGCUUCGCCAGGAUGGAGUCCACAGAGAAAUGUGAAGCCAUUAUUCAACAUUUUAAUGGCAAAUUCAUUAAGACUCCACCAGGAGUUCCAGUGCCCCCUGAACCAUUAUUGUGCAAGUUUGCAGACGGGGGACAGAAAAAGAGGCAGAACCAGGGGAAGUACCUUCAGAAUGGCAGGCCCUGGGCCAGGGAUGGAGAGAUGGGAGGGAUGACGCUAGCAUAUGACCCCACAGCCUUACAGAAUGGGUUCUAUUCAUCACCCUACGGUCUGACACCAAACCGGAUGAUCACCCAGACGUCCCUCUCUCCCUACAUGCAUUCACCCAUCUCAUCCUUCCAGCUACAUAGUCCCUCCUGGAUGCACCACCAGUCGUACCUCAUGCAGCCUGCAGGCACAGUCCUGACUCCAACCAUGGACCAUGCUAUGUCCAUCCAGCCCACCUCCAUGAUGGGCACCAUGACCCAGCAGCUCAGCCACCUAUCCCUGGGCGGCACGGGCACGUUUAUGCCUGCCAACACAACUAUGCAGGGGACAUACAUCCCCCAGUACCAAGCAGUGCCUCCCUCCAGUGUCCCUGUAGAGGAGAACGGAGGACAACAGCAACAGGUUGCUAUGGAGACACCUGCAGAACACACAAACUACUCAUACCAGCACACCAAGUGAAGCUAAGCUGGUGGUCAGGAGGCCAUGUGGCAGACUGAACCCCAGAGAGUUGCUUCGCUACAGGAGGACAGCAGAGCUCCGCACAACACCACCAAGCCUCGGACUUGAACACGGAUGACAAAAGCAACACGCGUGUGCUUUGAAAAAGAAGACAGCGCUUAUUUCAUUGGGACUUUUCCUCUCUCUUCUUCAAGGAUCGAUCAACCAAAGGUGGGAGCCUUCUGCAAUGGAAGCUUUGAUGUCUGUUAAUAACUGAAAAAAGAAAAACAAGUUGAACAAAGAAACAAAUUAGGAAAGGGAUAAAGACAGAGCAUUAUUUUUGUGCAUGUAAUAUAGCAAAUUUGUAUUUUUAAAAAAGCAUUCUGGAGUUUCAGAGUGAUACAAGGAAAAGAGUAACAACACGAUGUGUCUUUAAUUUUUGGGUAAAAUAUGCAAAAAUGUAUUUGAAUUGUUUUAUGUCUGUUUUUUGACAUUCUAUUCACAGCAGUUGGACAAUGUUUUGUACAGAUUUUAAAAAGUUUUUAAAAAACACAUUUAGUUGGUAUAAUAUUUCUAGUGUAGGCUACUUUUAAGAAUGGAAAAUGCGAAACACACCGUUUAAAGCUACUUCUCCCUUAAACUGAUCCAGUAAGGCUAAGUUCAGUUAACUCACUGGCAGAUGGUUACAUUAAUUAUUUAUAAAUUAUUUAAAAUAACGUCAAACUUAAACCUUAUAAAGCAUUCCCUUCAUAAACAUUCAGAAUGUGUUAUGAGCAGAGGACAAUCAUGAUCAUUCUUAUUUAUAUGUACAUCAUAGUUCUAUUUUUUGAUAUUUGGAAAUAUUCAAACAUGUCACUUGCGUAUUGUGUAGAUUUUAUUUAAUUAAAUUCUUUAUUUAACAAGUCCGGUAAAGGCCAAACACUGGCAAUAAACAUAUUAUCACUUGUAAAAUAAUUCAUAGGAGCUAAAUUAUAUAAAAAAGUUUUAAAAAUCUGAUAUUAUUGUAAAACUAUAUUAUGAGAAAAAAUGUACUAUUGUUUUUUGGUUAUAAUGCAAUAUGACACAUCCAAAUUUCACCUUCUAUUUAAAAAAACUUGAGACAUUGGAUUGUCUGAAAGUUACAAUAUUAUUUUCAACAUUGAAUAAAUGAUUACUAUUACUAUACUAUACAAUAACAAGGUCCUCUCUCUAUAUUCAAAGGAAAAAUAAGAUAGUACAUAAAAUGCGAACUCUUUUGAAAUUAUUACCUACAUUUAUUCACUGCAAUUAUGCUUGAAUUCACAGAUAAUAUAAUAAAUAUUCUACAAAAUAGUUGACCUGGUUUGUGUGUUGAGUGCGAGAGUUCAUGUCCCAACAAUGUCCAUAAGAAGUGGUUUUAAGCGGUUUUGUUCUGGUAGCUGUUCAGAUGUCCAUAGUGAAUUUGACCUUUUGACAAAGUAGACAGACAAAUAAUUGGACAUGCCUUAGAAUUGAGCAGUUGGAUUAGUAUGAAAUAUGUGUACAAAAGAGUGCAAUUGUUUUGAUUUAAAAAGCAAAACAACGAGGGGAGUUAAAAGUAGGUCUAAAAAGAGUCCUUAAUAGCAGUCCUUUGUUGUUGAGAAAGGGAGCUGCAAGUAUUUAUCAAUGCUGCUGUUGUCUCCUGAGUUUUAAUUCCUGACAAUGAUUUGUAUUUUAGAUUUUUUUUAGAAAAAGUAAAGUAUGUUUUCUCUUUUUGGGCUUUCACUUGAACCCUUCUGAGCUAUCAUACCUUUUGUUGUUGUUCUAAAAUAUAUUUUAUAUUCAUUUCUUUACAGUAAUCUAGAUUUUAUAAGUAGGGAAAGAUCUUUCCAAGAGUUUAGAUGUAAGCUUUUUCUCUUUUGCAAGAGAUUCAUAGGAUUUUUUUGAUUGUGUUCGUGCAUUUCCACAUGGUCCAUACAAACAAAGAGAUGCUUUUGUGUUUCUUCAAGCUGAUUUCCGUUCCAGAGCACUGUGUUGUUCACUAUGAUAUCAUUUUUCAGGCCCGUGUGAAAUAGUUUUUAACUAAAACGCGUCCACAUCUAUCCUAGAGACACUAAAUUAAACUCAAUGACAACCAUGCCACCGUGCCCACCUUCCCGGAUCAGUCCAGUGGAGAUGUACAUGUCUAGUGUAAACACAUUCUAUUGUAUCUGUCAGAGAGAAUGAUGAUGCUACCCAGAAAACACAUAACAUAACAUGAAAGUGCCAUUAAAAACAAACUGUCCCAUAACAAACUGUUCCACAGAAGUUAACUUAACAUUGGAUGAAUUCAUUCUAGUUUCAACAAAGACAAACAUUUGUGAAAUUGGCGGGUUUUGUUAGGAAUUCUGACCAGUGUUUCUAAGCCUUAACUGUAACAUAUUUCAGAAGGGGAACCCUGUUUCUCCUCAUUGAUGGCAAAUCCUUUCAAUCAUGGUUGAGGGUAUGGCCAAGAAAAGAUCAUACAGAUGCCAUCCAUAUCAGAUGUUAUGUUGCCAUAAUAUUAUAAAGGGCUGAGUUUACCAUACCUUGUUAAAACCUAGUGUUACCCUAGUAAACAUCCUCCCAUCACACUUGAUCUCGGGUUUUCCUCAUUGUUCAGGAUGGAUGACAUCAAAGUUACUGUUUCUUCUUCAUUGUGCAUCUCUGAACCUCUCUCCACCUACUAAAUGUUUUUUUAAUGAUUAUUUAUGUCUGCAACACCAAAGAUGAUGAAGCCAUCCAACUUUCAGGAAAGUCAGACUUUCUAUCUUGGAGACAAAUGCUGCUCUCGUCUCUAUUGGCAUACGUAACUAGAAUGAUGCUGUAGUAACAUCCUCUCAAAGUGGCAGGUACCCUGGUAGAUGGUUAACAAGCAAUAUGUUUCACUUAAGUUCUGAAUGUGUUGAGUGUUGAAUAGAGAGUCAUAGACAUGUGUGCUUCGUUUUAUCGACAUAUGCUCGUUUCAGUUUGGUACACCCAAAGAAAGACAUCGACAUGCUCGUUUCAGUUUGGUACACCCAAAGAAAGACAUCGACAUGCUCGUUUCAGUUUGGUACACCCAAAGAAAGACAUCGGCAUGCUCGUUUCAGUUUGGUACACCCAAAGAAAGACAUCGACAUGCUCGUUUCAGUUUGGUACACCCAAAGAAAGACAUCGACAUGCUCGUUUCAGUUUGGUACACCCAAAGAAAGACAUCGACAUGCUCGUUUCAGUUUGGUACACCCAAAGAAAGACAUCGACAUGCUCGUUUCAGUUUGGUACACCCAAAGAAAGACAUCGACAUGCUCGUUUCAGUUUGGUACACCCAAAGAAAGACAUCGACAUGCUCGUUUCAGUUUGGUACACCCAAAGAAAGACCAGUGUAUGGUGUCUUUAAUACAGAGAACAGGGGCAGGGGCCUACUUUGCUUUUUUAGUGUCAAUGAUGAGAGCUCAGCAUUUAUCUCUUUCUGUAAGUACUAGGACUUUUGUAUGUGCUCUUUUUGGUUGAGCUGUUGUCAAAACCAUAGUUAUUUCCUGUUUCCACUUCUGUUGAGUGUUUUGUGUGUCUUGUGAUCUGUCCAGAAAAUACAAAAGUGAUCACUUGCAGGUUUUAAGCUACAGUGCACCUCAUGAAGGAACAUUUGAGAAUGUUGUGAGAAUGUAGUACUAGUCAGGUAAUCCAUUAUGUCAUUAUGAUGAAUGCUGUUAAAGUCAUCCAAAAUACAUAUUUGUUAGUCAUCUUCAGACCUAAAAGCAGUCUAUUGUCAAGAUGACUCUAUCUGUUCUGUAGAUCCAAAUAUCGAUUUUGGAGUGAACGAUCACUUUAAGUUACACUCUCCACAAUGAACUGUAAAUCAUUGUCUGAGCGAGCACGCUUUAGGCUAUUGUAUUUUCCUUGCUGCGUAUCUUUGACAGGUAUCUUAUAAUAUUACGGAAAAAUACUAAAAACAGGAUGUGCAACAAAUGUUGAACUUGCGCUUAUUUUCAAUCCAUGUUUGUGUACAUGAAAACCCUAAUACCUAGCAUUCUCCUGUCUUCGCUUGAUGUCCAGAUCAUGUAGCUUCAAUGGCUAAUGUCAUAGUUUCAAAAUGUUUUGCUGCUAAAAUGGGAUGUCCAAGCAGUGGAUAGAUGGGAGCCAAAUUGGAUGUUCAAAAAUGUCUUCCUUAAACCUAGUAAAUUGGAUUCAAGUAUAGUUAACAUGAGCACAUUUUUUAAUGAUAUUUUAGACACAUUUUGUGAAAGUUGUACCCAGAGAUAACACGCUAUUUGAUAGUUGUUUUGGAAUCUCUUCGGUAAAUUCACCAACUUUGUGUGAGAAAUCUGACAAUUUGAACAUACUGCCUCAUCUCGCUCACUGCUUGUAAACAUUUUCCUUAUUUAUACAAGAACACAUUUUGUACAGUUUGUUAAAGGAGAGAGGUUUUGUUAUUUGGUUAGUUUGCUAGUAAGCUGGUUAGUCACUUGGCUACUUUGUCUUCCUGUGACAGAGAUGCUCAAGUAACUCUUGUUUUUAUUAAUUGCAAAUAUAUGUUUUGUUUCCUUUCUGUCUUGGUUUUACUCUUUGAAUAUGAAUAUGUCAAUUUUCUUUUUUAAUAAAAAAAAUCUUGUUUUUAA